GCUUACAUAAUAUCAAGUUAAGUAGAACUGUCGGAAUAUAGAACAAACUGUAUUGAUGCUGUUACCUAUACGUACAUAUCUAAUCACCUGAGAUUAGAUAAACAGGCAAAAUAAACAUUGCUCUUAGUUGAAAUGAAUCUUACUUUCACUUAAGUUUCAGUGAAAUUGCUUUAUAUUAUAUUGAUUUCCGCAUAGUUCGUCAAUUCUGUCAGCAUAGGUCUUGCAAUGCAAACUAUGCUUACAACUCUUUCAGCGCCGGAUAAAAAGUUCUGAUACACGUGACUGUAGUAUGUCGUAUGAUCAAAACAAAAGCUUAAAGAGUGGGCAUUAAAAGACAAUGACUCUAGGAAAGGUUAUCGCUGUUAAGUAUAAAAAAAAAACAAUGGGCACUGCUUGUAUAAAACUUCUAAACAGCUGUCGAAUAAGCAACCAUCUGAUCAGAUUUCAUUUUCUACUUACGCAAAAAAAUUCUCUUGGUAACAAACCAAAAAAAAAAAGGUAUGAACAAUUAUCCAUGGAGAGAAUAAUAGUAAACGAUGUUCCAUUCUUAAUCAUAUAGUUAAGGGAAUGACUUACUCAUCAUAGUUGAUUAAGUCAUAAUAAUUUGAUUUUAAUAACGGAAGUUUUAAUAUACGACGAAUUUAAAAAACGGCUUUCCAAUAUCAAAUUGACACUGAUUCUGUUCACCUUGUGUUGACAUCUAAUCACCAAUAUUAGAUAAAGCAAUAUUUAAUACUGCUUUUAUCGAAUUAAAGUUUACUUUCGCUUUGUUUUCUAUUCUAGUGAUAACAGUGAUAACAAAUAGCAUAUAGUCCGUCCAUCUAUUUCAUUUACAUCAAAAAGGUUCUAAGCUUUUAUGAAAACGAUGGAGCAGAAAAGAGAAGUAAAAGCAGGAAAUCAUAAGAGAAAAUUAGCCAAAAAGCGAAAUGUAUCAGGUGUCAAAGCUGAUGCACCUAACAUACCGUACAAAAAGCUACGGACAAGUUCUCCAGAUGUACAUGACAGUGGAAAACAAAACAAAACAAAUAAAAUAGAGACAGUUUCUGAAAAUACAAAAGCAGGCUCUUUUACAGAAGAAAGCAUUAAAGUUGGUAAAUCUAUUCAAAACAUUACAUGUAAAAAUAUUUCUAAAUAUCCUGAAUAUGAACACCAGUCUCUUUCUGUUUACAAAAAAGACCUUGACAUACCCUACGAUUCAGAGAGAGAACAAAUUGUAUUAGAUGAUAGAUCCAUUGAUCAGAAUUUUGAAACCACAGAAUCAGACCCGAACAAAAGUUUCAAAAAUUGUGAAAGUAAAAAGGAUGAAUACGUGUAUAGGCUACUACGAGCUACCGAAUCUUACAAUCAAGGUCUUCAUCCAAAGCACAUUUCUUCCAAAAUAACUCUAGGAGAACACGUUGAAAACGGUAGCAAGGGAAACCGUUCUCGGUUCAUUUCAUGCAGUAAAACCAUGGAUGGUUUGCAUCGAUUGAUUCGUCUCACAAACAAUUACUGGCGCGUACGUGAAGUGGUGCGCAUUAAUUUGACGAAAUUGAAAGAUUUUAAAGACGUCACAAUUAUCAACUUGAAUGACAAAGACGUAAGAGAAGAACACAUUGACCGUCACUCUAAGGCAUGGGGGUACGCCCAUAACUUCGAGGAAGUCGUGCUGGCUCCAAAUUCACACAUCCCAGCAGAUUGCGUCGAAAGAAUUGGAAUUGUGAAAGACAAACAAUUUAUUAAAGAAGAACACAUAAAUCUUUAAAUGUUCAUUUGGUAUUUUCUCAUAUUGUAUAUUUCUGCAUUUUUAUUGUAAAUUGCGUAUAAUUUACCGUAUAUAAAGUUUUUACAAGGAGAUUUCAGAAUAAGUUUGAUUUCAACAACCGGACAUUAAAAAUUAGGAAGACUUAGAAUAAUGCAACUUGCAUUAAAUAUAAUUAGAAUAUGAUAAAAUGGUACAUUUCAAAUAAAAUUCACGAAUAUUCAUAUUCAAGCGUGUUUUUUUUAAAGAUAACAUACACAGACAAACUAUUUGAUAUUUGUAUAUGUUGAAUCAAAGGCACAUUUUAAAAAAAAUAUAUUUAUUAUUCAAACCUAUAUAAUACUUACUUUCAGUUUUCUUUCUUUAAAAUAUAAUGUGUAGUCUCGCAAUCUUCUUGCAUCAUCAAAACUUGGCAGGUCAAAUUUUGUUUUGAUCUUAAAUUAAUAGGGUUGUUGUAGCAUUUUGAAGGGGAAGUUAAAUUUAUGACCCACUCCCCCUCGUCAGAGGCCAUCAUCUUUUGGCACAAACUGUAAAAAGAAAAUAAUCAUCAUUUUUAAUACUCAAAAUUCAGCAGAGAAUGUAUGAGCAUGGUUAUAAUAAGUGUGAAUGCUUUUACCAAAGUUGUGAAAGUCAUGGUCCCUGUGUAUAAUUGUUCAUGUCAAA